CUCCAGGUCAUGUUUCGAUGCGUGACUAUUCUGCCAUCAUCCUGGCCUCAACUCUCCUGCUACGCCAUCACUGAUUCAACAUCCGGUCUCUUGGAAAAUAUGUUGGGACGCUGGGGUUGCAACGCGAUGGAGCGUCAUCGUGCAUCGUUACAAACCUAUGAAAACCCUGCUCCAGGUUGCUUCGCUUGUCCCUGUUUCAAGCUUUUUAUAUAACACAGUGGUAGGUGAACCAGACAUCGCAGCACAGCACAACACAUCAUAUCAAGCACGGCAGCUGUUGCUCCCUGCUCGAUCGCGGCCCUACGAAUUUCCCCCCUUCUUGGAGCCGGAUGACUUCUACCUUACACCUGGCCGCUCGAGUGUGCCCGGCCAAAUCAACCGUCGCAUGAUGAUAUCUCACUCGUCAACGCCCACCAUCCCUUGAGGCCCUGUAUUCCUUGAGCACUUGUCACACCAGCUUAAGAGCCGUGUCGCCUUGGUCGAGAUCUGUCAACCAGGGCUUGCUGUGGACUAGCCUCCACAGUAGGUUGCCAAACUUCACCUUCGCCUCUGAAGGCGACAGAAGGACUUGGAUAGGAAAAUAAGGCAGGUCCCAUUUGGAUUGCAUCUUCCGGGUUAUACGUGGCCCCUCUCAUCCGCAGUUGCCACGCCACAUGGACGAGUAUACGUGGAAGCUCCGUGUCGACUGUCUUGCUGAUUCUCAUGUACGCAUGUCCACGCGUUUCUUUUGCUGU